UUUAGGUUUCCUGUCGCAAUUUUAUAACUUUUGUCAAGUGCAUUUAUCAAUCACCAUCUUUGUGUAUUAAGUGCUGUGAGUAUCUUCUGGUUCACUGCAUCACCACCAUAGGACGUAUUUUUCUGUCAAAAGGCUGUUAUAAAAAGAUGGAUCAUAAUAACGAUAGCAAAACAGGAAUGUAUCCUGAAGUUCACGUCCCUCCACCAGUUGGACAGAUGCAUGGCCAGCCAGUGUCAAAUUACGGCCAACCAACGCAACCAAUGGGAGGAUACGGUGGACAACAACAGUCAACGACCACAGUUAUAGUUCAGCAACCACAUACACAACAAAAUCCAUUAAAGCUUGUGGAUAUUUAUGGAACGAGGGAAUGGUCAACAGGAAUUUGUGACUGCUUUUCAGAUAUAGGAAAUUGUUUGUUUACGUGGUGUUGCUAUCCAUGUGCCGUUUGUCAGUUGGCUAGUCGUACUGGUGAAUGUUUGUGUACUCCAUGUUGUGUACCAGGCACAGAAAUUAUUUUACGAGCCAGAAUAAGAACAAUCGGUGGAAUAAGGGGAAGUGUUUGCAAUGAUUGCCUGACAGUCAAUUGUUGUGGACCAUGUGCAGCCUGUCAAGAACACAGAGAACUAAGAAAUAUGGGACUGUAAUGACAUGUAGAACUCUUUGACUUAGCAUGUUUUCUUUUCAAUAUAAUCGGGAAAAUGUAUAAAAAUAAAACUGUGUUUUAUUCUUGUGUAAAUUCUAAAAGCUUCAAUACCGAAUCUAGCGCCUUUUCUAGACAUGAUGAAGAUUGGUUUUUAGUGAUUGAGGACAAGAGAAUAUAUAGCUGGAUGCUAGAUUGCUUGUAUAUUUUGUAUUCAAAAAGACAGAUGAAGAGUUCUUAGUAUCAAUUUCGAUGUUAGAUAUAUUGACAUUUAUAUUAAAAAUGUAAACAUCUCAA